AUGGCUAGAGUACACAUCAAAGCUCGAGAGGAGCUGGUGCUCUUAGCUGACAAUUACAACGCACUUAACGUCUUGGUGCAAGGUCGCUUUGUCCGCAAGCGUAACUUGUCGAAAUGCCUCGUGUUUGGUGAUAUCCAGCUGCAGGAUGGAGAGCUAUUAGAGAUCAUGAUACGGGCGCAGGAGGGUGGACUAGAUAUUGCUACAAUUCGACAAAUUAACUGGGACGCUCACCUUGGUGACAUGGUUACAGCUCAUGGUGUACUGGAAUGUAAACCAAACAAGUCAGAAGACCUGAAUGGAUGGCUUUUGAUAGUGCACUCAAUUCAAGUGGAUGAACUCUGGAGUCUGCAUCAUAAUGGCACUGUGUUUAGCUACACUGACUCGGGCAGUGCAUCAUCUCCUGAUUCUGUGCUUGUAAAAGGCUCGCAGGUGUUGCCACCUUUUUCAAAAGCAGAGGUGGGACAUAAGUACACCAACAUGGUUGUACUGGACGGAUUUAACGCCUGCAAGUACUAUUUCUCGUCAUCUGACGGCGCCAACUGUUUGCGUGGAGACCAAUGCCACUUUUGGCAUGGACAGCCAGCGGACUUCAAAGAGAAUCGACGCCGCUGGAUGGCGAAACGGCUAGAACAGCGUGCAAAAGCCGCACAUCUUGCUGGUGAUAGCAGCGAUCCUCACUCCAAAAUUAACAAAGCGCAACGUAGCCGCAUCUUCUGCGACUGGCUUGUGAAUUCUUUAGGAAGUGAGCAUCUUGCUUCUGGAACGGGUGUGGUUGAUAUAGCUGGUGGUAAAGGUGAUAUCCUUAUUCAGCUUUGGAUAAAACGAGGUAUUCCAACAACGCUAAUUGACCCUAGACCCAUGAAACUUGGCAAAUCCAACCGUAAACUUGUUGCUAAAGCACAAGCUGCAGGAGGUUGCAAGAUGAGCCCUCAGUUGCUCUGCUGCCUCGAUGACGAAACAUUGAAGUUGCACACGGAGCUGUUCAGAGACUGCUCUGUUCUUGUUGGAAUGCACCCAGAUGAGGCCACUGAAGCUAUUGUUGACGCUGCCCUGACGCUAAGAAAGCCAUUUGCCGUUGUGCCUUGCUGCGUGAUGAGUCGAGUAUUUCCAGAUCGUCAAUGCCGUGAUGGCACACCUGUCGACACGUACGAGGCAUUUGUGAGAUAUCUUUUAGAAAAGCAUCCAUCAGUUCAAAGCGCAUUUCUGCCGUUCGCUGGCCGCAAUCAGGUCUUGUACAUUUUCGGCUACGAAACGAGACGCAAUAUGGGGACCGAAACAACAAGUGCAUAA